ACUCGUCUAUCCGUGAUCGAAGCCCGCAGCUGUGUGGAGUUAAAGCCGCUCUUGGCCCUCGACAGAGGUGAAGGUGACUCGCCUGUUGGUGCGGAGAUGCAGAGGAAGCGUCGCGGACUCUCCCUCGGCUUUGUCACAUCACUCUAAUCAUCGACGGCAGAGAAACAACAAUCCUCAUUCAAGGAUCGACCUCACCCUUGAAUCGAGGACAGACUGAUUAAAGACAUUUUCUCAGUGAGGUGGUUUUAUUCGUGGAUGCGUAUGCAUGUGUUCUGCACCGAACGGGCGAAAGAACCGCCCCAGAUCCGCUUCCAACAUCUUUCAAAUCGGCAAGUCUUCGAUGAGGGAUCCGGAGCGCCGGGAGAGCACAGAGAGCUCACGCAGAGCUCAGCGGGCGAUGGAUGACUGUAGAACGACCGUUCAGGAGUUCAACACUUUUGUGGCCCUCCAUCGUGAGCAGGUCAUCUCCAUAGGGGAGAAUACAGUCGACUGUCCUUCUUUAAGGGCGCAGAUGCACAAGACUCGAAUCAAAGGAUGCGCCGUAGCCCAGGCUGCCUAUCAAAACCUUGUUGCAAUCUUUGGGCCAGAGGAUGGUGAAAUCCAUCCAGAAAUUUGCAGGUUGUUCAUCCAGCUUCAGUGCUGCCUUGAGAUGUACAUUACAGAGAUGCUCAAGUCUAUGUGUCUGUUGGGUGUUCUGCAGCUCCACAGGAAAGGAAAUGAUGUGUGUCCUGAAGCAAACAUGGACUGCAGGGUAGACGAAAGCUCUGAUGUGCCGAUGCUGGAAGAUCGUUCAUCAUCACCUGUAGAUUUUCCACAGGAAUCUUGGGUUGUGUGCACAGACAUUGAGAACAUAGAGAGUGAUAUGCGAGAAAUGAGAAACCUUCUAAGCAAACUCAGGGAGACAAUGCCUUUGCCGCUGAAAAAUCAAGAUGACAGCAGUCUGCUAAAUCUUACUCCUUAUCCACUGGUGAGGCAGAGGAAGAGGCGAUUCUCCGGGCUUUGUUGCCUUGUGUCUGUUCAGGCCACCUUCUCUAUGGAUCGUACUUCCAUUCCCCUUGUCCUACUCUGCAGCCUGGCUUCGUUUACCACUGUUACGGGAUGUUUCUGUAACCACUACCCAUGGAGUUCAUGGUCCUUUUGCACCAAAACCUGUGACACUGGAACCCAAGCACGUACAAGAGCUGUGCGCUAUGAUGAGCACUGGACCAAAAACAAUUGUUUCCAGCUGUGUCAGACACAUGAGACUAGAGCGUGUAAUGUUGAGGCCUGUUCUAUACAUUGCCAGCUGACCGAGUUUGGACCCUGGUCAGAGUGCUCGCCUUGUGCCAAAAAAUCUUUCAGAAUCAGGUCUGUUUUGAGGCCGGCUCAGUUUGGAGGGCAAGAGUGCAGUCCAUUGCUUACAGAGGAGAGACUCUGUCAUCCGUCCAAGGAAUGUCGGAUUGAGCCUGUCGACUGUAAAGAGAAGUUCACCUGUGACAGUGGUAGAUGUAUACAUGCUGCUCUGCAGUGCAACAAUCAGAAUGACUGCGGGGACAACUCUGACGAGAGAGACUGUGCGCAAAUCAAAAAAGUUUGUGCAAGUGAACGGAGAUUUGCUUUAAUUCCUGGAGCAGACCUGAUUGGUUAUGGAUUUGAUGCUGCGGCAGAGCAGAUGAGAGGCGCUGUUCUGGACAACUCAUUCAUGGGGGGUGAAUGCACUAUAGAAAAACUAAAGAAGUACUACCGAAUCCCUGCCAACAUUGAGAAAUAUGAAAUCAAGGUUGAAAAUCUUGAAGAUUUUCAAGUGAAAGAAGUCAACCUCCAAAAAGUCAUCUUGGCCAAAGAAUCACAUACUUUUUUUAAAGAGGCAAUCAAAGCAUCUCAACAAAAGGACUCUGAGUUUUACAGGGUGCAUCAGGUUGUUGCCACAUCAACAUUCAGGAUGAAAUCGUCUGACCUCUACUUAUCAGACCCAUUCCUUCAGUUUCUAAACAGUCUACCACUGGAAUACAACUAUGCCCUUUAUAGACAGAUCUUCCAGCUGUUUGGGACACAUUAUUUCAGCUCUGGAACAUUAGGGGGAAAGUAUGAUCUCCUUUUCCAAUAUGAUCGAGAAGAACUGAAAACCUAUGGAUUGACAGAAGCAGAAAUGAACAGUUGCUUUAGUCAGGAUUCCUCCAUCAUAGCUAUAUUCUAUAAUAGAAUUUCACAUAGCUCCACCUGUGGGAAAAAUACAUUAAAAACAGAAUAUGAAGGGUCAAUCGUAAAAGCAUCAGAGAAGUGUAUCACAUCUGUGCAAGGAGGUAGAGCUGAAUACACCGCAGCCCUGGCCUGGGAGAAGAGGGGUGUGUUGCCAGACAGCACUACAUACCAGAACUGGAUCAAAUCUACUAUAGACAAUCCAACUGUUAUAGAUUAUAAGCUUUUGCCUCUUGUGAAUUUGGUGCGGGGCUUCCCUUGUGCUGUGACAAAGAGACGACAUCUUCAUAGGGCGUUGAUGGAGUACCAGACUGAAUUUGACUCCUGUAAAUGUGCCCCCUGCCCCAACAAUGCCCGGCCAGCUCUUUCUGGAACAGAAUGCAUUUGUAUUUGCCAGACCGGGACAUAUGGACCAAACUGCGAGAGACGAGCUCCAGACUACACUGCAGAUGAAGUUGAUGGGCGCUGGAGCUGCUGGAGCUCUUGGAGUACUUGUGACGCCAACUUGAAGAAGCAUCGUUCGCGUACCUGUAACAACCCUGCACCCCAGCGCGGUGGCACACCUUGCCAAGGCCCUGAGAAGCAGGUGGAGGAGUGUACCAUCUCUAUUUUCCAGGAGCAAAAUGUGUGCAUUAAUGAUGAUGACUUUGUGACUGAAGGGUCCCGUGAGAGUCAGCUGCCCCCUGGAGCUUCUGGCUGUCCAAAACCCCGUCCACCUGCCAAUAGCCACCUGAGAAUCAAUAAGCGCCAAUAUGAUUAUGGAGAUCACGAGGAGUUUGUUUGCUUCACUGGUUUUGAGCUGCAUGGAUACCAGCUCAUUCAUUGUUUGCAGGAUGGCACUUGGGAGAAACCCAAAGGACACUGCAUUAAAAAGGUUUGCGUCAAACCCACAGUGCCUGUUGGCAUGAAGAUAUACCCAGACAAAGUGGAGUAUAAAGUAGGAAGUGACAUCAUGCUGGCCUGCUUAGAAAGUGGCAUGAGUCCAUCAGGGCGUCUGUCUUACUCGUGUGGGAAGAGUCUUGUCUGGGAGCCAAGCAUUCCACAGGACAUACACUGCAAGAUUGAUAAACCCUUUGUACCAGACCGCAGCUGUAAACUUGGAGAGAUGCAUGAUGGGACUAAAUGCAUCUGCAUGUCCAAAGAAAGUUGCAGAAAUUAUAGAACAGACUUGUGCAUUUUCGACGCAGACAAGGAGAGUGCCAUUAUGAUGUCCUUCUGUGCUUUUCAUGCCGACCGUUGUCAUGGAGACAGAUUAUACUUUAUGAAUAAUGGACCGUGCAAAAAUGACGCAGGCAGUCUGGACUGGGCCAAAUUCAGGGCCAGUGUAUCCGAGCGGAGCUCAGUGCAGAAGCCCUGUGGUUCAGACACCUGUUACGAGUGGGAGACCUGCUCAGUGUCAACUACAUGUGAGUGCAAAAUCCCCAGAGAUUGUUCAAAGGAUGGGAAGCACAUGUACUGCCUGAAAAUUGUGAGAAUGCAAAGCACACGGAGCAUGAGUCUGUGCUUCAUGGCUGCCAUGAAGUGCAGCGAGAUAGAGUUUGAACUUCUGCAUGAAGGUCCUUGCGUAAGUUCUUAAUUGUGCACCAAUCUUGCUGUAGAAAUGUUCACCGUUGAAAUGCUCACAUAUUUGCUCCAUUAUUGAUUUGUACAGAAAACGCAUUGAUGUUUUAUAGUCACUCACAGCAUGCUAUAUGCAGCAAUCUGUAUAAUGAUGUGGAACCACACAAUGAAAUGUCAUCACACAUUCAGAAGUUCUUGUAUUUAAAUUUAAAUGCUCUUUCAUCUGAAGUGAAUAUAUUUUUCAAACAUUAAAAUAACUUCUUCAUUCUCAGAAUGUCUCUGCAAUUUUUGUAUGUUGAUUUCCCUGAAAACCCGUCACUGUGGCUUUGCUCUGUUUGUCACAUUGCCAACAAUUUAAGACAAAUUUAGUAACAAAUGUGCACUAAUUUACAAUAUUUAUUUGCAAACUAAAAACAUGAUUUUUAUACAUUAUAUAUUACUACACACAACAGUAAAAACAUACAGUUGGAAAAA